CUCACAAUGAUCGGCCAUAGUUUAUUAAACUGAGGUUUAUUAACUCAUAGCUUGUUUGACAAUGCUCAGCAGCUUAACAGUGGCUCGUUUUCUGCCAACAAACCGUAAUCCGAAUGCAUCAUUUGUUGUUUCGAUUACAAGCAUUUAUUUGUUUCAACUAGGGUUUGGUGUUACAUGCAAACCUGGCACCUUUCCUUAACCCAUGGUUUGUUUAGACAGGCCACCCCUAUCCACCCUGGAUGCUCACAAAGCCGCAAAGGCAUGAAAACAAAGUAAAGUUUGGAGGAACGAGUUGUGGUUAAUAAUUGUCUGUGGGACAACUUGCGGUUAAUCGUGGGUUGCUGUCAUCAUAUUUUUGCAAUAAUAUGGUCAAAAAAAAAUUUCUUAAAAAAGAAACCACUUUUAAAAAGUUACACAACCCAUGUUGUUUGAUUAAAUUAGUAUCCUAGCUCAGAUUAGCUUGCUCAAGCCUAGUUAAAUUUGCCUAGAUUCUAGAACAUUAUGUCAAUACAAAAUGAUCCUCAACUGAGACGGUUGAAUUAAACCCCCUCAAAUAAAAACCAGGACUUAAGAAAUCAAAGGCACUUGCUUAAACAAACAGCUUAGCAAAUAAAGUCAUCGAAAUGUUAGAUCUGGAGGUUUCAGUUUCUGGCUGAAGUAAGCUGCCCAAUAUAGUCUCGUCUCAAUACUCUUGUAUUUUGUUCUGGUUGGCCGGAACGCAAGUUGCACAAGUUUAGCUUGGUGAAUGCAGAGGCUGAGAAAAACCAAAAUACCUUCAAUAGGAGUAUAUAGGAAGACCACUUAAAACAGAUUUGUGAUCCGUGGUGCAGCCUGGGGCAUGCAUGUCUCUUUCCAACGCCACUCUGGAAACUACAACAAAAUGUUGCAGUGUGGGGUGUUCCCUGUUGAGAAUUCCAGCCAUUCUAUUCCCCCUCGUUCACCAAAUCAUUGGUAUUCCAUGCUCACUAAGCAUGCUCAGUUCUUAUUGGAGCUGUUUCUGGGGGUCCCCACCACCCCAGACUUCCUUUUCCUGAAGUUUGUAUCGUAAAAGGUUUGGGGCUUUUUAAGUUCUGCAAACUUUGGAGUUCUCCCAAGCCUGCUAAUACUUUCUUCUUGUUAGCUUCAGAGCAACAACACUCACGUCCGGGAUGUUGGAAAUGGAGGGAAACAAUCAAAGCCCUGCAACAAAACGUUGCAGGUUAUCCCUGGUAACCUGAACCUGCAGGGGGUUGAAAAAUAAGAGUUACCAUCAAAUAUCAGAACGGGAGCUGUCUCUAGUUCCACUCUGAUACGUCAGUUCUGCCCUGCUGGAGAGGGCCGCCGAGCUGGGGAGAUGAACGUGGGCACAGCUCACAGCGAAGUGAACCCGAACACCCGGGUCAUGAACAGCCGGGGCAUCUGGCUCUCGUACGUCUUGGGCAUCGGCCUUCUGCACGUGAUCCUCCUCAGCAUCCCCUUCUUCAGCGUCCCUGUGGUUUGGACUCUGACCAACAUCAUCCACAACAUGAGCAUGUACAUUUUCUUACACACUGUGAAAGGAACGCCUUUUGAGACGCCUGACCAGGGCAAAGCGCGGCUGCUGACUCACUGGGAGCAGAUGGAUUACGGGGUGCAGUUCACCGCUUCCCGCAAGUUCCUGACCAUCACACCAAUUAUACUUUAUUUCCUUACUAGCUUCUACACUAAAUAUGACCGGGUACACUUCAUCAUCAACACCAUCUCCUUGAUGAGCGUCUUGAUCCCCAAACUACCCCAACUGCAUGGCGUACGCAUCUUUGGGAUCAACAAGUACUGAGCCCGGGUGUCUUUUAUAUUCCCUUCUGGUGAGCUGUGAGAGGCCAGCAGCGUGAGAACCCUGUUUCCUUCGUUCCGGCUGCGUCUUCAGGAUACACUUCCACACAAUGGCUCCUUUUUAAAAAUUUAAUUUCCUUUUAAAAUGAGCACAUGUUGCGCAGGAUUCCAAGAUCCGACAGAGAACGCAGACGGCUCAAACGAUGCUUGAAUCCUGGGUAGAGUUUAGCUUGGAAGAGAGACGAAGGGUGGGGUGGGGAGCUUAAAACGUAUUUAUUAUUAUUACUGUUAUUUUAUUUUUCAAGAAUCUGAAAAUAGAUGCAGACACCACUGAGAUUUGAAAGGUACUCAUAGCUUGCUCUCUGGGUAAUGGAAAACAUCCAGCCCAGAAGACUUGGGCAGGUAUAGAAAGGUAGGAGCCUGUUGCAAGGCGAUGUUUAGGAUAAAAGCAAAUGCACUUUAAUAUAAAGUUGUCCCCUUUGGGGUUUUUUUUUUUUUGACAUGCUCAUCAAAAGGGCUAUAUCAGAAAUUUUGAGAUGCACACUAGAUAUAGAUUUCUUUGUGAGUUUGGAAACCUUAGCUGAUCAUUUAUAAAUACAUUUUAAUUAUUUGGUAGGGCAGUUGGGACAGGUUCUCAUUUCUUCUUGCUGGAGCAUGAACCGGGUUUUCCCCCCCCCAGUUACAAAAGCAAUGCUCUUCAGAGUCUUCUUUGAAAAGCAUUUGCAUCAAAGCUUUUCACUCUCUGAGGUUGAGGGAGUGGGGAACUCCGCAUGGCAGGUUGAGAACACAACCCAGGGACGAGAAGGAAGAGGGAAGAAAUGUUUUGACACUUGCUUUGCAGUGGUUGCCACAUUUCGACAGUCGCGGCUGCCUCAUUGCGGCGUCUCUUCUGGAUGGGAGAGCCAAUGGCUGAAAGACAUUGAAGCAUGGAUGGUUUAUUUUGACAUUAUACAAUGACGGCGGUGGAGAAGGCACGAGAUGAGGCCAAAGGACCCAGGCCUCGUUUCCAAUCUCUCUCGGUUGGAAAUCCAGCAUAAGUUGAUCAUCAUAGAAUCAUAGAGUUGGGAGAGACUACAAGGGCCAUCCAGUCCAACCCCCUGCCAAGCAGGAAACACCAUCUUGCUGGAACACCAACCAUUAGGUUGGUUAGGUACCACUCUUCGUUGAUUCAUUCACUGAUUCAUGCCAGCACUGGGAUUCAGAGAGAGUUAUCUUGUUGCUGCCCUCUGUGAUGUCUAACUAAGAUGCUGCUUGUUUCCACCCCUGUGGUUUAAUGGGCUUUUGCUUUAGUGCCCCACUGUGUCAGAAUAAAAAAACCCUGUGCUGCUCUGUCACCUAGAAUGCAGAUAGUUUGGUAUAUGGUUGACUGCUGGUUGGUCUGCUUUCUAAACAGCGGUACAGCAAGGAGGAGGGUUUUCUUCUGCUAAUGGAUUCGUAAGUGGGUUUAUUUCUUUCUGAUGCUUCUGUUGGGGGGGGGGGGAGAAACAGACCCUGAGAGCUAUAAUACGUUAUGUCAUAUAAUCGCUAACAACCUUUUAAGGUGCAGGCUGCAAUUCAAUCAUGCGGACAUCAAGAAAAACUUGUGUCAAGUUUUGAUCAUCAAGAUCAUAGGUAUGUGAGUUUGGUGGUUCUUGUCAAUGUUGUGUCCUUUAUAAUACAAUUUCCCUCUCCUUAUCCACCCCGCCCCAGGAAAUGCACACAUUGCUAGCUAGGAUAUGAAUUUUAUAAUGGAAUUUAAACAGCCUGUGUAUUCCCUGGAAUCUGUUUCUCAGACUUGUUAGCUUGGCAACUGAAAUGUUUCCUUACCCCACUGUACUGGGGAGGCAUCUAAACAUUUGAGGCCGGUGCCAAUAAUUCGCAAGUUGUUUUUCCAGCUUUAGAACCAUUUGAGACACUUCCCUGAAAGGAGGAGGAGGGCAUUUUAAACAUCACCUCUGCUUUUAGCAGUAUCUAGAAAGCCCACCUGGUUUCUCAAAGGCCACAUUAGCAGUGGUGAUGCUCUUGGGCUAUGCAGCAAGCAGAGGUGCUGGCUUGGGCAAAGAGGUUUAAAAGCCUUCCGCCAAGCCCAGUAUCGUUAAAGGGAUGGGGGUUGCCCCCUUUUUUCUCGUUAUCAGAUUUGGUACAUUCUACGUAAUAAAACAUGAUUUUAGCUGAGGUUGGACUAGAUGACUCUUGAGGCCCCUUCUAACUCUACACCUGCAGCAAAAAAAAAUAUGUAAAGGACAGUUAAGUGUACUUUACUACACAAAGCUUCAGAGACAAUGAUACAAGAAGCAAAGGAGAUUGGAAAUGUGGAGGCAGGGGUGGUGAACCUGCGGGACCUCCAGGUGUUGGAGGACUACAACUCCCAUAGACCAUGAACGUUUGCCAUGCCGCCAGCUAUGGUUGAUGGGAGGUGGAGUUGAAUGGCACCUGGAGGGCAGCAUGUCCCAUCCCCCAUCCCCCCGUUGAAAGAAAUGCAGUGGAGCUGUGUUGGCACAGCUGCAGCCGAACAUUGCUUUUGGGCUUGUCACCUGUAUGUUUUAGCAGCAUCUAUUAAACAUUAAAAGCCUCCCUAAACAGGGCUGCCUUCAGAUGUCUUCUAAAAAGCUGUUUUUCUCUUUGACGUCUGAUGGGAGGGCAUUCCACAGGGCGGGCGCCACCACCGAGAAGGCCCUCUGCCUUGCAAUUUCCUGUCAGUCAGAGACUUCUCGGUUGGCCAGGUAGAAGUACCAGGUACCUGUUGUCUACCUUUGGUUGCUUGACAGAGCAGGACCUUAUCCCUGGUAGUUCCUCAACCUGAUGGUCAUCUAGCCCUUGUCCUAGCUCAACAACUAGUCAUGUUGUCGUCGUUUUGAUUGGCAUUGACAAUUAUAAUUAAGUGUAGGUAUGUGAGUUUGUGAAUUAGGAAGGCAAUACUAGCUUCGAAAUUACAGGUAGGCAAUAUAUACUACUGUUGAUGAUGACUGGUGUGGACCAGAGCUUGUCAUCUAGGCACGGAGAGGGAGGCAGGAUCUUCCCGGUGUAAUUCUUCUCUGAGAGAAGCAAGUGACCUUCCCUGCUCAAUACACCUGCCAGCAAAGUGGGCUAAGAGGAUUAACAUUGUAAGCUUUUCACCCAAAUCCCAGCGCUAAGAUGCUGAGCUGCUAUUGACCUCCGUUAGAGCCUGUAUUUUUUAACUUCCUGUCUAAGGCAACUUGAAAGCAAGGUACUUUUUAAAAAUAUUCAUGAAAAAGGAAGAAAACCAAAUUUAAUGAAAUGUGAAAAAUAUACUGAGGCUGAGGAACAGACAUCAUUGGGUUCUCAGAAAAGCAGGGGUGGGGUAGAGAUAGGCAUUUUAAUUUUUCUUCUUCUUGAGUUCAGUUCAAUUUGCUUUAUCCAGCACUAGCUCUCCCCAUUCUACCUCCCAUUCUUUAUUCUGCAGAAGAAAAACAGCUACUAAUACGUCAAAAUUCAGUGGAACCAGAUGAGCCCAGCUUAAAAGUUGAAAUUCAGCAGCGAUUUUAAGAAAUUUUAAGCAAACGCACAAUUUUAACCCUUUGCUCUGAUGAAGAAGCAAAAAUACCAGGGGAGGGAAACAAUCUGCUUCAACGUAGAUUUCUGCAAUAGAAGUUGUGCUCAUUACUUGAUGAUACGUGCAACUCAAUAUAUGGAUAACUUAAAGGGCUUGUGUAUUUUUUAGCACUAUUCCAAUAUAUAGGUGGUUAAGGCCUUAAACACAGAUCUAAGUUGCACUCUUCCGAAAAACAGAAUGUUCUUUUGUAAGGGUUAUAAAUCAGUACCCUACUAAAAAGGAAAAAAAUAUAGAAAGAGCUCAUUAGCACUAUGCCUACACACCAGCCAAUUUUCAUGUCGUUGCUCUGCAAACUUCUGCUCCUACCGCUUCUUUUUCAUAAUUCUUAGUACUGAGGGGAUUGUUCAGAGUAGCCCGUUCACCAGCCACAUUGUUCUCAAGCUAUUCUAGGCUUGCCUUAGUGACCUGAAGUCCUCCAGAUGUUUAGGAUGUCCAUCAACCCCAGCCAACAAGGCCCAGAGCUCUAGGAUGAAGGGAGUUGUAGAGCAACAACAUCUGGAGAGUACCAAGUUGGGAAACCGGCUGUUCCAGGCUGUGUCUCCCAUUGUCAAUCAGAGUUCCUGUUACAGUUAAGCAAAGGGUUUUACAGUUAUGAAAAUCUAAACAAAACCCUUUACAAUGCGAGCUGCCAGCUCACUCUUCUGGCAAUAGUUACUGCUGCUAGGAAAGUGAGCUCUAAGAAAGCUUACGUUGUCCACGCCAAGACCAGAAUCAGCUGGCAAAUUGUUCCUUUACAUUAAAAAAUAUUAAAUAUUGUGGAAACUUUCAAAACCGAGUGGAGAUAAAGAGCUGUGGUCAAUCCUAUAUGCUCAUUUGCUGAGGACUUGCUCAGUCCUGUCUUUGUCAAACAGAGCAAGCCCAGUUAAUAUGGCAUGAAACCCAUUUGUUUUCCAUAUUCCCCCAUGAAGCUGCUUCUUGGUGCUGACACGAAAGUUCAUGCAGUUUCCUUGUUGACCAUUUUCUGUAACUCAGUACUGUAGAAAGAGCUGCUUUGCCUAAGUCUGGGCACUCAACAUAAAGAAGCAGGUUUCUGUAUACUAUAAAAUUUCGUAGUUGUGGUUUGGGGUGAAAUUCCACGGUGUUCUGCGGGCAGCAGAACUUAUUAAAGAGGAUGCACCAUCCUAUCAUUUUUAAUAAUUUGGAACCACUUCUGCUAUUAGUAAAUUGUUCACCUGUAUGUACCCCUAAUGGACUCUCCCUGGCAGAGGGUAGUGGACAUGCAUAACUAAGGAUGGCAGGGGGGGGUGGGGAGGUAUAAUUGUCUUGGCUGAGCAGAGUGAGUAGCUAUGUGCUUUGUGUCAAGUCUGGAGCCAAAGUGCUGGCAGAUACCUAGAACAGGUGGACCUCCUGGUCCUGGUGGGCACCAAUUCUAAUCACCCUUGACCAAUGGCCAGGGUGAUAAUGGGGGUUGUAGUUCGUCAGUACCUGGAGGUCUGCAGGUUCCCCCUCCCUGGGCUAGAGCAGAAGUUGUUUCUCACAGAGGAGUGUAGCAGGUGUGAAAGAUUUGCAGCAGAAUUGGAUUUGUUAUUUGAUGAUCAUCUAAUGGUCAACAGAGUUGCUAGUGUCCCUACUCAAAUUGCCUGCGGCUCCUUCCUCCAACCGGUACCUAGGGUGGCUUGGUGAGUAGGGACUCUGUGGCUGAACAGCUGUGCACCUGAUUCGAUAACAACAACAACAACAACAACAACAACAAUUCUGUUCCUGACCAUGAGAACCUCUGUAGCAGCAGAAGUAAUGAUAGAACACGCAAUUGCACAAUGGUCCACUCGAAGAUCAGUGGAAAGGAAGCAACCUCUUUCCAAGUUGCCACAAGAAAGUUUUGCUCGAAAUAAGUAGAACUGGGUUGUGGGGCUGCAAAUGGCCUGCUCCCACCCAGAUUAGAGCGGAUUUUUGCACCAGGUAAAGCAUAGUAUCAUACGGGCAGGUCAUGUAUAUGUGACCAUGCGGGGAGCAGCGUAACAAUGAUUAAAGGGUCCCUGCCAAAGGCAUAUGUAGCAUUUCUGGAACUCCAGAAACAGAAGGAAAAGGGAAAAGACCAAUGAGCUCUUUUCACGACUUAACAGCAAGGUGCUGUGUUUACUACAGGAGCUAAUACUUGUGGGUUUAAUUGCUAAUUUGGCAUCAAUUGGUUGGUGAGGUCUAGGUUUUUUCUCUUAGCUUUAUAGGUUGUUUACUUCAUAAGGGUUUAAUUAAACAACAACAACAACUAUUUUAAAGGUAUGGUAGUAAGCUCUUUAGGAGGGCAUGGUAGCUGAGUUGUUGCCACAAACUGCAUUUUAUGAUAUGUCUGUGGAUCGUUCUUUAAUUGUAGUGAAUUGUAUUGAUUUACCAUUAUCUGUGAAAUAUAAUUUUUAGAAUGUGA